UGGCAACACAUAAAGUUUUGAAGAAAUCAAAAACACGAAUUAGGAAAACAUGGUAAAGCUAAACUCAAUUUUAUUGCUUUGCUCUAUUGCUAUUCCCAUAUUAUUAUUAUCAAUUCCAGUAGCUCAUUGCAACAUUGCUCAAGGACCUAAAGCAGUCGAAAAUUGGUUCGAAAAGCUUCCUCAUGCAAAACCAAAAAUAACCAAACUUCACUUCUACUUUCACGAUAUAGUUAGUGGUAAAAACCCAACUGCAGUACCAAUUGGGAAGGCCAAUUCUACGUCUCAUUCGCCUACGUCGUUUGGGUUGCUAGCGAUAUUAGACGAUCGAUUAACAACGGGACCAGAAAUUAAUUCGACGACUAUUGGUAGAGCUCAAGGAAUUGUUGGUGCAUCUUCUCUUGAGGAAUUUAGUUUGUUGAUGAGUUUGAAUUUUGUGUUUACUAAUGGGAAAUACAAUGGUAGUACACUUAGUCUCCUUGGACGUAACACUGUUUUGAAUGAAUAUAGAGAGAUGCCGAUUGUUGGCGGUUCUGGUGUUUUUAGGCUAGCUAGAGGUAUUGCCACUGCCAAGACAUAUAUUUUAAGUAACAAUGGUGAUGCUAUUGUUGAGUAUAAUGUUGUAGUAAUGCAUUAUUGAGUUGUAACUAUAUGUUUGUUCUCCCAUGUAUUUUGA